AUGGUUCGCGUUGCAGUCACCCAGGUAGAGCCCGUUUGGCUUGAUCUCGAAGCGACAGUCGAAAAGACCUGUCGUAUUAUCGCCGAGGCUGCUGGGAAUGGAGCUCAACUCGUAGCAUUUCCGGAGUGCUGGAUUCCAGGCUAUCCGGCUUGGAUUUGGUCGCGACCCGUUGACCCAACUCUCAUGUCUCUGUAUAUUCGGAAUUCGUUGACUGUGGAUUCGCCCCAAAUGGAGAAGAUCAAAAACUGUGCGCGCAAGCAUAAAAUCAUAGUCGUCCUGGGCUUUUCCGAGAACUUCCACCACUCGCUUUACAUUGCACAGGCUAUUAUUAGCGAAGAUGGAGAAAUUCUUACCACUCGCAAAAAGAUCAAGGCUACCCACAUGGAGCGAACCGUGUUCGGUGACUCCCGAAACGAUUGCCUCAACAGCGUGGUGCCUACAUCAGUGGGCCGAGUCGGCGCACUUUCUUGCUGGGAGCACAUUCAGCCACUUCUCAAGUUCCACACAUACACGCAACGGGAGCAGAUUCAUGUCGCAGCCUGGCCGCCUCUGUUUGAGCACGCCGGAGAUCAUUCGCUGUUCUCAAUGUCACGCGAAGGAACGGCUGCUCUCGCCCAAACUUACGCCAUGGAAUCGAAUUCUUUUGUUCUCCACACAACAGCUGUCCUCAGUGAAGCAGGAAUUACGAAGAUGAGCACAGAGCUAGGAUCGAUGAACGUUCCUGGCGGUGGCAGCUCUGCAAUCUUUGGGCCCGAUGGACGCAAGCUCUCGACUGACAUUCCUUCCACCGAGGAAGGAAUUCUAUAUGCCACUCUGAACUUGGAGGACAUCAUCCAUUCCAAGCAUUUUGUAGAUGUGUGUGGCCAUUACAGCAGGCCGGACCUCCUCUGGCUUGGAGUCGAUGAUGGUGCCAAGCUCCAUGUGAGAAAAGGCUCAAUUGUCGCAUAA